AUGGUCGAUACGGUCAUAUCGUUAGGGAGGGUGCUACCAAAGAAGACACAAAAUGUGACCCUUAUUUAUGUAAAUCACCUGUACUCAAUCCGUGCCAACAUGGUUGCCAAGCAGAUAAAACACAAAAAUCGUGGACAGUAUUGCCUAAGUGGGAAUGUGGAGAAAACUGAAGGUUCAAGACAAUGUGCGUGCGAUGACGCAGCCGGGUACGUUUUCGAUGCUACUAAAAAACAGUGCGUAUUAAAACCCAUUUGUGGUGAGGGAGGUGUUGGUCGCAAAGAUUGUGACUCCAAAAAAGCAUUGUGCUUUUUAAACCUUGAUGAUCCUACCCAAAAAUACCAAUGCGCCUGUCCAAGAGGCACAAUUAAAGACGAAAAUCAAAUUUGUGUUAACGUUUGCGAUUUGAAAAGUCGACGGGAAAUGUGUGCCGCGGUUAACGCUGAAUGCAAUCCCGACGCCGAUGAUACGAAACAUACCGAGGUUGAUCAAUUUUGCCGAUGCAAACCUGGUCUAAUGUUCUAUAAUAAACGUUGCGUCGCCACUCAAUAUUCAGUGACUUUCUCACUGAAACUCAAAUACAUAAAAGACAAUCACAAGAUAUAUGUGCCAUUUGCUUUACAAACACAACCAUCGAGCGGGGUUGAUUUUUCGAAACACACUAAACCAAUGGAGGAUAUUGAUGGAAUAUAUCAAGAAAUAGAAAAUCUAAACACAUUGAAUGGAAAAUUGGAAAGUGCAAAAUUGGAUGAUGCUAAUAAAUGGAAGUUGUGGACUGAGAUUGAAAAAAGAAUGCGCAAUUUAUUAUCCAACAUGAAUGAUAUUUUUAAAGUUGGCGGUAAUGCCGACGAUGCCAUCGUAUUACAAACAUUUGAUUACAAUCCGAAUGGUGACUACUACACUUGCCAAUUUUCGGUGGUGUUUAAUGGAAACGCCAGGGUCAGCCACGCGAUCAAAGAAUAUUUCACAACAGACCUAUGCCACGACCCCGUAGUCAAGGGCUCUACAGAGUGUUUUAUGUCGGUUUACGACGAAACCGGGCCCAAGCCGUCGUUUGACAUUCCGACCGAUCCAACAAAAUCCGAUAAAUUUCUAGUACCUAAAUCUGAUCUUGAUGUCAAGGACCUAUGUAAGGGUCUUUGUGGCACCUCAGAAGCCGGAAAAUGUCUACAAAAUACGACUGAGACAGACGACGGUGGGACUUCGGUAGCUGGCUGUCAGUGCAACAAAGGCUAUACAUUAAUUGCAUCCAAAAAUCUAUGCUCUCCUAAUUGCGAUGGUUACGAGUGCAACGGUCACGGAAAGCCUAAACGCCUGGACGAUGACAUUGGAAAAGGACAGUGCGGUUGCGAUUGCGAAGAGAAAUACUACGGCGAGAACUGUAAGGACGAGUACAGCGCCGCAAUGGGCGGUUGGAUCGCCGGUAUUGUCAUCCUAGCCGUCGCCGUAGUCAUCGCCAGCAUAGCCGCCGGGGUGUUCUGGCGCCGAGCAAAAAAGCAGUCGAAUGCACCGGUAGUGUUAAAUCGGAUGCAAAGGGAAAGG